AUGGUCGUUUGGAGCUUGAGGUUGAGCGUCGUCGCGCGGGCACCGCGGUCCGUGCCAGCGCGCGCCUAUAGUGUAGUUGCGGAGGGCACAGCUAUGCCUGGCAAGAAGAAGGUCUGGGGCUCAGCGGAUGAGGCUGUCGCAGAUGUCAAGUCGGGGAGUACCGUGCUCAGCGGUGGGUUUGGCUUAUGCGGAACGCCAGACACACUCAUCGGCGCAUUGGCGAAAAGGCCAGAAGUGAAGGGCCUCACAGCCGUCUCAAACAAUGCGGGCAGUGGGAUGAACGGUCUUGGCCGACUUUUGCACUCUGGUCAGAUCGAGAAGAUGAUUGCGUCUUACAUCGGUGGCAACAAGUUCUUCGAACAACAAUAUCUCUCUGGCGCCAUCGCGCUCGAGCUCGUACCCCAAGGUACCCUCGCUGAACGAUUAAGAGCACACGCUGCAGGUGUACCUGCAUUUUAUACCCCCACUGGUGCCUCCACCGCAGUCGAAUACGGCGACAUCCCAGUCAAACUCGGCGGCAGCGCAGGCGAGAUCGCCAUACCCGGUAUCAAGAAAGAGAGCAGGGAGUUCAAUGGCAAGAGAUACGUAAUGGAGCAAGCGCUCGCGGGCGAUGUUGCAUUCAUUAGGGCAUGGAAGGUGGACGAGGUCGGGAAUGUUGUGUUCCGAUAUACAGCCAACAACUUCAGUACGGUCAUGGCGAAGAACGCGGCACUCACAAUUGUCGAGGCGGAGAACAUUGUUCCGCGCGGCACGCUGGACCCAAAUGAGAUUCAUCUCCCUGGCAUAUACGUCGAUCGCAUUGUACCCGCUACUGCACCGAAGAAUAUCGAAGUAGAAACACUUGCACCCGAGGUCGAGCCAUCCACUCAAGAUGCUCCCUCAAGCAAGGGCGAAGGUCUACGACACAAGAUCGCGAGACGUGCCGCCCGUGAACUCCGUGAUGGCGACUACGUCAACCUGGGCAUUGGCAUGCCAACUCUCGUUCCUGAGCACCUCCCUACUGGCGUUAACGUUUGGCUUCAGAGCGAGAACGGUAUACUCGGCAUGGGCCCCUACCCAACCCGCGAUCAACUGGACGCGGACGUGAUCAACGCCGGCAAAGAGACUGUCACUCUCCUCCCCGGCGCGUCCGUCUUCGACUCGUCUGAAUCCUUCGCGAUGAUCCGCGGCGGGCAUGUCGACGUCGCCGUGCUCGGCGCGAUGCAAGUGAGCGCCAAUGGAGACAUUGCGAACUUCAUGGUUCCCGGAAAGCUGGUGAAGGGUAUCGGAGGUGCUAUGGACCUGGUCAGCAAUCCCGAGCGGACGAAGGUUGUUGCGGUCCUCGAGCACUGUGCGAGGGAUGGCAGUCCGAAGAUCAUGAAAGCAUGCACAUUGCCGCUCACAGGCGCGAGGGCAGUCAGCACGAUCGUCACGGAGCUGGCGGUGUUCAGUGUGGACAGGGCGAACGGCGGACUAACGCUCACGGAUCUCGCAGAAGGUGUCAGUCUGGAGGAAGUGCGCGCGAAGACAGGCGUUGAGUUCAAAGUUGCAGAGAAGGUUGCGACGUGGUGA